UAUGAUAAUGAGGAUAUCUAGUCUGAGUAACCAUGGCAACACAGGGUUAUGCGUCUGGGUUGCUUGGAGACGCGAACCCUGGUUUCUAGUGUAUCGUGAGAAAAAGUUUUACCGGUAGCUCGAGUCCAGUAGCCAUGGCCAGCAAGAAGAAAGAGGUCACUUUGCAGGUUGCCAUUAAUAAUCAAGAACAGUGGGAGGAGAUGAUGCUUACCAAAGGACUCCUUGUGGUUGAUGUUUAUCAGGCCUGGUGUGGUCCGUGCAAAACAGCUGUCAGCUUGUUCCGAAAAAUAAAAAACGAACUGGGAGACGACCUCUUGCAGUUUGCUGUGGCUGAAGCUGACAGUAUUGAUGCUCUUGAAAAAUACAGAGGAAAGUGUGAGCCUACAUUCCUUUUCUUUGCGGCAGGGGAGCUGGUAGCUGUGGUUAGAGGAGCCAAUGCCCCAUUACUCCAAAAAACCAUUCUAGAGCAGCUGGCUGCAGAGAAGAAAGUUCUGACCCAAGGCUCUGAACGCAAAGUGAUAAAAGAUGAUGCUAUUCUGGAAGAUGAAGAAGAGAUUUCCCCUCUCCCAGUACAAUCUGAAGAUGAUGAAUUAGUCCCUGCAGGUAAAUCGUAUACAGUGGCCAUCAUUAAACCAGAUGCAGUGGCUCAUGGGAAGGCAGAUGAAAUCAUAAUGAAGAUACAAGAAGCUGGGUUUGAGAUAUUGGCUAAUGAAGAGCGGGCAAUGACAGAAUCUGAAGCCAGAGACUUUUACCAGCACAGAGCAGGAGAAGAAAAGUUUGAGGAGCUGAUCCAAUUUAUGUCCAGUGGCCCCUGUCAUGUACUCAUCAUCUCUAAAUCUGGGGAAGAUGAAGAUAUAAUCCCAUCUUGGAGAGAGUUCAUUGGUCCAACUGAUGUUGAAGUAGCUAAGAAGGAAAAACCUGAAAGUCUACGAGCACAGUAUGGCACAGAAGUCCUGUACAAUGCAGUGCAUGGGAGCAGUGACCGGGAACAAGCUAGCAGGGAGCUAGCAUUUUUCUUCCCCAAUUUCAAAGUUCUGCAUCAAGACAUAAAUGAAUCACAUCCAAGGAAUCCUGAGAGGACAUUAGCUUUGAUAAGACCAGAGACCUUGAGAGAUAGAAAAGAUGAGAUUCUGCAGAGUAUCUGUGAUGCUGGUUUCUCUAUAGCGAUGCAGAAAGAGGUCAUGUUGACUGAACAGCAAGUUAAAGAGUUCUAUAAAGAGCAUGUGAACCAGGACUAUUACCCAGCUCUCCUCAAGCAGAUGACAAGUGGUCCAGUAUUGGCCCUGGCACUGGUGAAGGAUCAUGCAGUAAAUCACUGGAGGGAUAUGUUAGGACCUGCCAACAUAGAGAAAGCUUUGAAUGAAGCUCCACACAGCUUGCGUGCUCAGUUCCCACCUAAAGAAAGUGGGAUUAACCAGCUCCAUGGAAGUUCAUCCCCAGAAGAGGCUGAGACGGAAAUUAACUUCUUUUUUGCAGUGGAACACACUCUAGCAACCAUUAAACCCGAUGCGCUGGAGGAACACAGAGAUGAAAUAUUGGAGAGAAUCCAGGAUGCUGGAUUUACGAUUUCUCAGUUCAAGGAGACUAACCUCAGCAAGGAGAUGGCUAAAGAGUUCUACAAAGAGCACAAGGGGAAAACAUUUUAUGAUGAGCUUGUUAACUACAUGUGCAAAGGUCCUUGUUUAAUGAUGGUCCUUAGCAAGGAAAAUGCAGUACAAGAGUGGAGAUCACUGAUGGGACCCACAGACCCAGCUGAGGCACAGAUGUCUUCUCCUGAUUCUCUGAGAAGCGUAUUUGCCAAAAGUGUUCUCCAAAAUGCAGUCCACGGUGCCUCAAACCUGAACCAUGCCAUGGAAAAAAUUCAAUUCAUAUUUGGGGAUAUUGACGUGGACAGGACUGCUGAUGGCUCAUUCACCAAGGCAACAUCCCACAGCCAAGAUGAGGAUGGCACCCAGGCUGAAGACAGUACAAAUUACACAACUAAUGCAGAUGGUGAAGCGGACACAGAAAAAGAAAACAAUUAACUGACAGACAUUAAAGUACAGGAAACAAUGAAAUACAGCAAAUACACUACAACACCUCUUAUUCAUCAUAUAUGGAACAGCACCAAUGACAUUGUGGAUUUGUGCAAGAUUGAUAUCUUAUGCCUUACAAUAUAGGUGUUGGAAAUUGUUAGUGUUUUAAGUGAACCCCCUUAUGCAUAUUAUCCUUUGUUGACUUAUUUAUACAUAUAAAUAAAUGUACUAAAUUACAUAGCAUA